UAGAAAAGCUUGUGAAGUAAGGAAGAUGCUCUCAUUCAAGAUGAAGCCACUUACUUUGAGCCCUCAGAGAAUAGGGAGAAAACGGAUUAAAUCAAAGAAGGUCUCACCUAUCAAGAUUGUAAAUAUAAACAGCUUUGAAUUCCCAGAACUCCAAAGGAACUCAAAUCCCUUUGGAGAGUUAGGAUUCGAGAAUCAAUCAAUCAACUUAGACAAAUCUCCAAAACCGACUCUUAGAGGGUUAUCUCACAACAAGAGAUUUCCCACAAUAAAUCGUGAGCCAAUAGGGAGUAGGUGGAGGCAUCGUCAGAAGAACCAUUUCAAGAACCUAAACUCAAUUCAAUCCAAGGUAGAUUACUACAUCUCUCCAUAUAACAAGGAGCCGCUUGUGAUGAAGUAUAUUGAUUUUCAGCAGAUGCCAAUGGCUACCUGUGGGAACUUGUCCAUCACUGACCUAGGAAUGGACAAGUGGAGAUAAAAAUUAGCAGGCUUAUCUGUGACCCUAAGAAGGAUACCUCCUUCAAGGA